AUGCCAGGAAAGGACUUGGUGCAGCACCUGCACUUCGCCCACAUUGUGUCUAUGCGGGACAAGGUGACGAAUAUGACGCUGAACGUCGCGUGCGUGCAAUUCACAGCCGGUGAAUCGAACGAGGCGGCGCAGAUACGCCUGCAAGAGGCUCAACAGACACUCAAGGUGAUCGAUGCCUUAAACCGCAACGACGCCGAUCGCGCCCACAUGUCCAACGUGAUCUGCGGUGAUUUCAAUAACGUAGAUGACGAGGAGGGGUGUGUGCAGUUGAUGCGGGAGCGUCUCUUCUCCACAUACGAUGUGGUUGGUGGUCCACGGUGGACGGCGUGGUUCCAUGAGGACCCGCAGGCUGGAGCAGGGUAUGCCAAGUACUACGCCUGCAACCGUGAGUGCUAUGAGCGCACCAAUCCAACAAGGCGGGCCGAACGUGAGGUGGCCAAAUACACGAGGAAGGACAACAAGGGUAACAGAAGCAGUGAGAUGACGAGCGGUGGUGCCGCGACGGCAAAAGAGUCGCCAUCCGCCGCAGAGGUGGGCGGGGAGGAGUGUAGAAGUGCAACUGUUGCGGAAGAGCUGCAGUCACCCAAGGAGGGAGAGGCGGGAAAUGAGAGGGGGGCAAAAGAAGAGGAUGGGGUGCGAGAGGAUGCGUUGGCGAUGAGGAAGUCGUCGAUGAGGGCAAGCGGAAUCAUUUGCCGCACACAGGACUUUGUCUUCUAUGACCCUCAGACGUUGGCUCUCCACCAGGUGCUCGACGUGCCGGAGGAGGCGCAGAUCAGUGAGCAGCAGCUGCUGCCGUGCAGCGGUCACCCAUCGCACCACAUCCACCUCGUGGUUGAUGUCUCAUUCACCGACGUGUCGCCCGACACUGGUGCCAGGUCACUCAAGGAUUAG